GGUCCUUCCUCCUUUUCUACGUCCCUGAGCGAGUCCGGCGUCAAGAUGAAUGACACAGUGACAGUCAGGUCCCGAAAGUUCAUGACGAACCGGCUCCUUCAGAGGAAGCAAAUGGUCGUCGAUGUCCUGCAUCCCGGCAAGGCCACAGUCCCCAAGACUGAAAUCCGGGAGAAACUCGCCAAGAUGUACAAGACCACCCCUGAUGUUGUGUUCGUAUUUGGCUUCAGGACUCAGUUUGGUGGUGGCAAGACAACAGGCUUCGCCAUGGUUUACGACUCUUUAGACUACGCAAAGAAGAAUGAACCCAAACACAGACUGGCCAGACAUGGUCUCUAUGAGAAGAAGAAGACCUCAAGGAAGCAGCGCAAGGAACGCAAGAACAGAAUGAAGAAAGUACGAGGCACCAAGAAGGCCAGUGUUGGCGCUGCUGGCAAAAAGAAAUGAGGUGUCAGUGCGCAGUGAGUCCGGACAGCCAGGGAGGGUCUCCGUGCUCAAGAUGUUCUUGUAUAUUAUCAUCCAAUAAAAUCUGG